UUUGGUUGAGCCAUAAGAUAGGAUAAGUGAUAGGUAGUCAAUCGUAUGAUUUUCGAAAAACUUUAUCAUGCCGUUUGCUAAUCAACCUACUAUAAAUAUUACAGAACUAACAGUGGAGAAUGUUAAGUUUUCUAUUGAAGACACCGAUUUGAGCAUGGCUAAUAGCUUGCGACGAGUAUGCAUGGCAGAAGUUCCAACUUUAGCUAUUGAUUGGGUACAAAUUGAUGCUAAUUCCUCUGUUUUACAUGAUGAGUUUAUUGCACAUAGAUUGGGGUUGAUACCUUUGACCAGUGAUGAAUUAGUCGAUAAAUUAUUAUAUACAAGGGAUUGUGAUUGCCAAGAAUUUUGCCCAAAUUGUUCUGUUGAAUUUACUCUAAAUUUUAAAUGUUUGGAUAACAAAACAAGACUUGUAACUUCUGCCAAUCUUUUAUCUAUAGACAACAAAUGUAUUCCUGUCACAUCAAAAAACAGAGAGGAUGAAUCUAAUGAAUACGGUGAUAUUGAUGAUAUAUUGAUAGUCAAAUUAAGAGUAGGACAAGAACUGAAAUUGAAAGCAUAUGCCAAAAAAGGAUUUGGGAAAGAACAUGCCAAAUGGAACCCCACUUGUGGAGUUGCCUUUGAAUAUGACCCGGAUAAUGCCUUGAGACACACACUAUACCCCAAACCAGAAGAAUGGCCAAAGAGUGAAUAUUCCGAAUUAGAUGAUGACACAUAUCAAGCUGAAUAUGACCCUAUGGGAAAACCAAACAAAUUUUAUUUUAACAUCGAGUCUACAGGAGCUCUCAAACCUGAAAAUAUAGUAUUGUCAGCAAUAAGCACACUAAAACGGAAAUUGACAGAUUUGCAAACACAAUUAGCACAGGAAAUACAAACAAACGCUCUCGCUAUCAAUUAAAAUGACAAAAAUUUUACCAUUUAUUAUUAUUACUAUUAGUGUUGAACUUUUUAUUCAAGGAUUAUAGGAAAAUAAAGUUUAUAUAAUAAUUUUUUUUUGGAUUCUAAUUCAAGAAUAUUUUUUUUUGCCUUAUCCUCGUAUCUUUUAUAAAAAGCCGUGUAUUAUGUUCCUGCACAAGUUGCCAUUGUAGGCCGUGAUAGGGUGGUUUUUUUUCUGGGAAUAGGAAUUCCAAUCUGAUCAUAAUCUCUUUUCCCAUUAGUAUUCUAUUGCUUAAUGUUUCUUAUCUUAAAGCAUGUAGCUUCUAUCGAUUUUUCUUUAAUUUAUUUUUUGCAUUAUUUUUUAUUAGGCGUCUAUUCAAAAAAAAAUCAUAGAAUAAUCUUAUGCAUUUCGCAAAGGAUUAAUACGCUAAUAUUUUUCUCCCCCGAGAACCUUUUUUGCUCUUAUGUUCCAAUUUUAUGGCUGGAAUGAAACCAUGAAUUGUCAUUAUCGAACCCGAAUCAGAACCCUUUUUAAAAAUUUAGGAUUUUAGAAUUUUGUUUUUAUAUUCAUUUUCAAUAUUAAAAGUAUUUUUUUCUUGUAGCCAUUUUUAUUUCAUUAUAUGCAAAAAUAUUUUUGUUUAUCAAGAUUUUGUAAAUAUUUAACUAACAAAUAAUAUAUUUUUUAAGAUUGUACAUAUUACUUUUUUUUGAUGAAUAAAAUAAAUAAACAAAUAAUUGUAUUCAUCCUAUCACAAUGACCAUUUUCCAGGUUUAAACCUGUUUUCCCCCUUCAUCAACUUUUACGGUCUGCAAUAUUACUAUUUAUUCGUAAGGCCCCUUAUUCUCAUGCCAUUCGUGUUAUCACCUUCAUCCACGUUUCUUUGGUCUUCCUCAAGGCUUGAUCCCGCCAAAACACCUCAAUCUAUUAACACUUUGAUUCUAUUCCAAUCUAUUUUUUUUAGCAAUUCCUUGUUUUUCUCGCUCUUGA